GCCGGCCUCUCUUCGAGCGGAAUUUAGUAAAGAAAGUUUAAGCAAAGGAUUAAAACACAAGAUAUACGGCAUCAGUAUCCACAGCACUUCACGUGGAACAAGUGACAGAGCGUAAUUUGCAGCCAUCCGCCAUGGCAACAAAUAAUGGUUACCAAAUUGACCUCCAACCACAGAAAAAUGCAAUUCAUCCUGCCCCUCCUUAUAGCCAGGGACAAGCCAUAGCAGGCCAAGGUCAAGUGCCAGUGAUGCCAGUUCCACAAAGACCCGCUGGCUGCCCACCAGGACUGGAGUAUCUGACCCAGAUUGAUCAACUUCUUGUACAGCAGAAAGUUGAGCUGGCUGAAGUUAUAUUGGGCUGGGAGACCAAUAAUAAGUACAUAGUGAAGAACAGUAUGGGGCAACAGGUGUACUUUGUGGCUGAGGAAAACGACUGCUGUAAUAGACAGUUCUGUGGACCACUGCGCUCAUUCGUCCUCCAUGUUCAGGAUAACAUGGGACAGGAAGUGAUGACACUCACUCGUCCUUUGAAGUGUGGAAGCUGCUGUUUCCCCUGUUGCCUGCAAGAGCUUGAAAUCCAAUCUCCACCGGGCAACCCGAUUGGAUAUGUGAUCCAGAAUUGGCAUCCUUUCAUUCCCAAGUAUACCAUACAGAAUGAGAAAAAAGAAGCAGUUUUGAAGAUCGUGGGGCCGUGCUGUUCAUGCAAAUGUUGCGCUGAUGUGACCUUUGAUGUUUUGUCCAUGGAUGAAUCCACAAAGGUGGGCAGAAUCGCGAAGCAAUGGACAGGUCUGGUGAGAGAAGCUUUCACUGAUGCAGACAAUUUUGGAAUCUCCUUUCCUAUGGAUCUGGAUGUGAAGAUCAAAGCUGCUCUUUUUGGAGCAUGUUUUCUCAUAGACUUCAUGUUCUUUGAACAGAAUAAAUAAAUUUUCUGGAUGUCAUGUUGAAUUUUAAACUCUUUACUCUGGACGUGGUAACCGUGGAUUCAAAUGUAGAUCACUAAGCUAAAAAUUAUAUUAUUCAUAGUACUAUUUACAUUAUUUAUGUUAUACCGUAUAUACUGUUGAUGAGCCACCACUAGGUGACAGCAGUUCCCUUUACAAUGAUGUUGAGAUGUUGUCGGUAUCAACAAAGUGCCUGCUCUAAAAGACUUAACUACUAACUAUUAAAGAGAACACAGUAUAAACACACUAUAAACAAACUUGUAACAAACAAAACGUUGAUUGCUCAAUUUUGCUUCAUAUUUGUUUUUAUUUGCUUAUAAUAAAGAACAGAAUAAAGUGUUGUAUAUCAA